GCAGCAUGCGGGGCCCCGCGACCCUCGCCCUGCUCUGGGCCCUGGCGCUGGCUGCGGGACCCGCCGCCUCCGAUGCUGGGACUGAUGGAUCAGGAGACGGAUCGAUGAUAUCACCCACUUUCACAGCGACACAUCUUCCUGCUGCGAGCCCUUCGACUGUGGAUGACCAUGGGCCAGUACUUGUAACUGCAGGCACUACUGAAAGCAGCCUUGAUACACAGAGCUCUCCAAGUACUGAACUGAAUGCUGUGAAUGAUGAGGAGAGCCUCGAAGCAACAGAACAGUCUAUCUUGAUAUAUGUUGUCCCUGUGGCGCUGCUGGUCCUGCUGAUUUUAUUGAUCACAUUUUUUGUAAUGCAUCAUAAACGGAAAAAGUCCAAGCAAGAUGAGCUGGGAAGUGAAAAUGUAAAAAGUCCUAUUUUUGAAGAAGACACACCCUCUGUUAUGGAGAUAGAAAUGGAAGAGCUUGAUAAAUGGAUGAACAGCAUGAACAAAAAUGGUGACUGUGAAUGUUUACCUACAGUAAGGGAAGAAGAAAAAGAAUCAAUUGCCAACCCAAGUGAUGGUGAAUCAUGAAGUCCUCAGGACAGCAAAGAACUGGCUAAAGGGAUGCAGCACACAAGCUCAUCAUCCCCCAGAUAUUGGAAGAGCUGGAUUUAAAUAUAAUUCAUCUCAAAAGGCCAGAGAAGCAAAUGCUUUUGUUGUCUUCAGCUUCGUAUGGUCUUCAGAAAGGAAACAUCACCAAGGGAAAAGAAGAAAAUAAAAAGAAGGGGAAAAAAAAAGAAAAUAAAGAAAAGCACUCUAG